AUGGCCUUGGCACAGCGUCGGGUCACUGUUCAGGAAGGCCCUCUAUACCGUACUGAGGGCUCCCACAUCACCAUCUGGUGCAAGGUCAGUGGCUACCAGGGUCCCUCAGAGCAGAAUUUCCAGUGGUCCAUUUACCUGCCAUCUGCCCCAGAGCGGGAAGUGCAGAUUAUCAGCACCAUGGAUCCCUCCUUCCCUUACGCCAUCUACACCCAGCGUGUGCGGAGUGGGGAGAUCUACGUAGAGAGGGUACAGGGGGACUCUACCCUGCUGCACAUCAUGAAGCUCCAGGACCGGGACGCCGGCGAGUACGAGUGCCACACACCCACCACUGACGAGAGGUACUUCGGGAGUUACAGCGCCAAGAUGAAACUGAUGGUUAUUCCAGACUCCUUGCGGGUGAUCUCAGUUCCACAGACACUAAACAAAGUGGAGCGCGACUCUCUGGAGCUGAAAUGUGAGGUGUCUAAGAGUACAGCCCAACACAGUCACCUCUCCAUCUCCUGGUACCGCCAGAAAGUGGGUGAGCCUCCAGUGGAGGUGAUCUCCCUGAGCCGCGACUUCGUCCUGCGGGCGGGCAGCACCUACGCGCAGAGGCAGGCCACCGGCGAUGUCCGCCUAGACAAGGUGGGAGAGACCACCUCCAAGCUCACCGUCUACAACCUCCAGCCAUCGGACAAGGGCGAGUUCUACUGCGAGGCAGCUGAGUGGAUACAGGACCCUGACAAGUCCUGGUACGCCAUGACCCGCAAGCGCUCCGAGGGCACCACCGUCAACAUCCAAGCCACUGAUAAGGAGUUCAGUGUCCGAUUGGAGACAGAGAAGCGGACGUACACAGUGGGUGAGCCUGUGGAGUUCCGGUGUAUCUUGGAGGCACAGAACAUCCCAGAACGCUACUUCUCCAUCUCGUGGGCCUUCAACAGCUCCCUGAUUGCCAGCCUGGGGCCCAACGCUGUGCCCGUCCUCAAUAGUGACUUUGCCCAGCGCGAGGCGCUGGGGCAGCUCAAGGUAGCCAAGGAGAGCGACAAUGUCUUUGUUCUAAAGAUCUACCGCCUCCGCCUGGAGGACAGCGGCAAAUACAACUGCCGGGUGACGGAGCGGGAGAAGACGGUGACGGGGGACUUCAUUGACAAGGAGAGCAAGCGGCCAAAGAACACGCCCAUCACGGUCUUGCCCCUCAAGACCAGCAUCUCCGUGGAGAUGACCAACAAUGCCACCAAUGUCCUAGAGGGGGAGAGCCUGCGCUUUGGCUGCAGUGUGCGCUCGGGAUUUGGGCCCCAAAGCCAUCUCUCCGUCACCUGGCAACUUGUGGACAAGCAGAACAGGCGCAGUGACGUUGUGCGGCUGGAUCGGGAUGGCACGCUGCAGCCGGGUCCCUCUUACUCAGAACGUAGCAGCUAUGGGGGCAUCCAGAUGGAGCAGGUGCGGCCUGGCUCCUUCACCCUGGAGAUCUUCAACAGUGUCAAGGCAGAUGAGGGCCACUAUGAGUGCCGUGUGACUGAGUGGACACGGACGCAAGAUGGGGAGUGGCAGAUGGUUGGGGAGCGGCACGCUAGCAUGCCCGUAUCCAUCACUGCUCUGGAGGCUGGUUUUGCUGUCACAGCCAUAUCCCGAACCCCAGGAGUGACCUACAAUGAAUCAUUUGACCUCCAGUGUAUCAUCAAGCCGCACUAUCCGUCCUGGGUCCCAGUGUCUGUGACAUGGCGCUUCCAGCCAGCGGGCAGCACAGAAUUCCAUGACCUGGUCACCUUCACUCGGGAUGGUGGGGUCCAGUGGGGAGACAGGUAUACGGGCUUCCGGACCCGCACUGCCAUUGAAAAAGCAGAGUCCAGCAACAACGUGCGCCUCAGCAUCAGCCGGGCCAGUGACACUGAGGCCGGCAAGUACCAGUGUGUGGCCGAGUUGUGGCGGAAGAACUACAACAGCAGUUGGACACGACUGGCAGACAGAACCUCCAACCUACUAGAGAUCCGGGUCCUGCGGCCAGUGACCAAGCUACAGGUCAGCAAAUCAAAGCGGAGCAUUACCCUGGUGGAGAACAGGCCCAUCCCCCUGAACUGCUCCGUGAAAUCGCAGACCAGCCCAGACUCUCACUUUGCUGUGCUGUGGUAUGUCCACAAGCCAUCCGACGCCGAUGGCAAGCUCAUCCUGAAGACAACCCACAGCUCUGCUUUCGAGUACGGCACCUAUGCCGAGGAGGAGGGGCUACGGGGGAGGCUGCAGUUCGAGCGGUCCUCCUCUGGAGGGCUCUUCAGCCUUACCGUCCAGCGGGCAGAGGUCAGUGACAGCGGCAGCUACUACUGCCAUGUGGAGGAGUGGCUGCUCAGCCCCAACCAUGCCUGGUACAAGCUGGCGGAGGAGGUGUCUGGGCGAACUGAGGUCACCGUCAAGCAGCCAGACAAUCGUCUGCAGGUAAGCCAGACCCAGAAGAAUCUCACAGUUCUGGAGAACCAGUGGGUGACGCUGGAGUGCGCAGUCACGAACCGGACCAGCCCCGCUUCGCAGCUCUCGGUGGAAUGGUACGUGUGGAAAUCUGGCCACCCAGAGAAAGAGGCAGUGGCACGGCUGAGCCGCCAGGCCACUCUGCAGUACGGAGACCUGGCAACACUGAGCGACCUGAAGGGCAGGCUACAUUUGGAGAGCCCUUCCCCAGGCCUGUACCUGCUCACCCUCCAGAACGUGAUAGUGCAAGACAGCGGAGCCUAUGACUGCCGCGUCGAGGAGUGGCUCUUGGAUCCCAGCAAUCAGUGGUACAAACGGGCAGAAGACCUCUCUGGGCUGACUACUGUCACCGUGAAACAGCCAGAUCCCACCUUGCAGGUGGAUACCGCCAUCUCCAACCUCACGGUGCUGGAGAAGGAGCCCUUCCCGCUGGACUGCAGCAUUCUGUCACGCUCCAGCCAAGAGUCUCGCUUCGCUGUGACCUGGUACAACCUGAGGAUGAAAGAGGGAGGAGGCCGGGUUAGCCGUGGCACAGAGGAAGAGGAGGAGAGGGAGGCCCUGCUAAGCGUGGGCCCGGAUGCAGUGUUUGGCCAGGAGGCAGGUCGCUUUGAAGGCAGGCUGCGCUUCCAGAGGCUCUCCUCCGUGCUCUACCGACUGACAGUGCUGCAGGCAGGCGCUGCUGAUGCUGGCAACUACUCGUGCCGUGUGGAGGAGUGGCUGCCUGACCCCAAGGGGGUGUGGUACAGGCUGGCUGAGGAGGAGUCCGGCACUGUCACUAUUCACGUGCAGGACACAGGCUCCACUUUGCAGUCCAUCAUCUGCUCCAACGAUGCCCUCUUCUACUUUGUGUUCUUUUACCCCUUCCCCAUCUUCGGCAUCCUGAUCAUCACCAUCCUACUGGUGCGAUUCAAGAGCAGGAACUCCAGCAAGAACUCAGAGGGUAAAAAUGGGGUCCCUUUGCUGUGGAUCAAAGAGCCGCACCUCAACUACUCUCCCACCUGCCUGGAGCCGCCCGUCCUCAGCAUCCACCCGGGAACUAUAGACUAA